AUGGUAUUAUUUCAGUGGCAAAGUGAAUAUGAGUACCUUUUACAUCGAAUAUGCGACUUACUAGACCAGUGUAAGCAAAUGGGAUUUCUACACAUAUCAACUGACUAUAGAAAUGUUGAUAUGUCCAAUGCAACAUUCCAGAAUUAUAUUCUACUUGGAAGCAGUUCAAUGAGGGAGUUUAUGAAAGAAAUGAUCGAAAAAAUGUCUCCUUUUUAUACGCCCGGAAUACUGAGUUAUUUGGCAGCCUGUUGUGUAGAUGACAUUAACUUAUCACAUUUAUUUUCCCUUCUUAGACUUCACAACAUCAUGGAAUAUUACCCGAAAUCAGUGAACCAGCAUAAACAAAGAGCAUUAAUUCUAACAGCAAUUUUUGGAGAGUUGUUUGCAAUUAAAAAUGACUUUGAAGAGGGUAAGCUCAAACUCAAUAACUUUAGAAGAGGGAAUGUGAGUAGCUCUGAAAAUGAACAGUGUGUGGAGCUACUUAAAAUGACAAUUAAUCAGCUUGGUGGGUUAAUCAUGGACUCAGGAAGAGAUAGAGCAACAUUUAUUAAAGAGGCAUUUUGUGCUCCCUCUUUUGCCCCUCCAAAAUCUGAUAUUUUUUCAAUAAACAACGAUGAGUUGCUUGAUGAACGCCUUAAAACACAUGGAAUAAUCAACAGAGUUUCCAAUGUUAAUAAAGGCGAUCCACUGCUGGUUUCUGCUCUGCUUUGUGGUUCAUCGCUAUCAAUCUGGCAGAGAAUACAUCUGUUAUACGACCCUGAUAGAGAUCAGGCCAAAGACUCUAUUGUAUAUGCAAUCAUAUAUGCAGCUCCGCUUAUGGAUAGAAUGAGACAGUUAGUUUUUACAUCUCUUCUCCAAUCCUUUUGUAGACCUCAAUGGUGCAAUAAUCUUCUACCUCAACUCUCGGACAAAAUGAAGAGGUUCAAUAAUCAAAACACUGAAAUUACACAGCUUAUUGUUCGUGGAUUUCUACUUUCUGGAGUGACUAUUUGGUCAUACGAAUCUCCUCAACAAAUUUAUGAUAUUAGUACAUCAUGCGCUCUUACUGCAAGAGAGAAAGACGCACUUUUGAAAAUCUUUAGAUUAGUUGACGAAAGAGCUCUUGCUCAAGAAUCUCUUGAAGAAUCAUCAAUUACUCCCUCCUUUGAAUCUGUAAUUAGGGAGCUUUCCAGACAGUUUUAUAAUAGUUCUAAUUGGGAUAUAGAUGAUACCGGAUUUGUAACAUCACUCAAAGAGAGACAGUCUUAUAACAAACUCGGAAACUCUAUUGAAGGGGCUCUCAAAAUUGCUGAAACUGAUUACGAAUUUAUUCAUCGCCCCUUAAAUAUUGUUUCUGACAGAGUCAAAUUCUAUCAAGCUAUGAAUCACUUCCAAGCAGAUUUAAAUGAUCCCCUAGCGUCAAUUGGAUCUAAAUCAGAUGCACUGAUACAGAUUUCAUCACUUGAAGAUAUUGAAGCUAAUUUAUUUAAUGCUAAUUGA